GGAAAAUGACCUGCAGAGAAAGAGGAGUUAAAUUGUCUAAAUUGGUUUAAGGAAAAAUAGCAAGGGGCUUUGCACCCAAUAAAAUACUGUCUACUUAAUAAAAAAUUAAAAAAAAGGGGUAAUGGCGCAUGCUUAAUCUAAUCGAAUUUGUUAUCUACCUUGCAAAAAAGCACCUAUAUAAAUUGUCUUGUCCAGUACUGCGUACUUUCUAUUUUGUUAGUUUAGAUUUUGAAACCAAUAGGUGAACAAGUGUUGAAGGAAUAACAGGAAUAAAUAACGUAUUUAAGGAUCCAAGUUGUAAUUGCGCAUACUUAGUCUAAUCGAAAGUGAUGUCAACUAAACCAGCAACAACGGAGUCUUGGAUGCCAAGUUCUUUGAAGCAACUUAUGGAGGAGGGCGACUUCGCCGACUGCUUUGUAAUUGUAGGAACACGCAGGUUCCCUUGCCACAAGGUGAUUCUGGGUGCGGCCUCGGAGUUCUUCAAGCGCACCUUUCAGCCGGGUUUCGCUGAGGCAAAAACAGGCGAAGUGACCCUAAGUGAUGUUACGGAAGACAUUUUCGAAAAGUUCCGUCUAUAUGUCUACACCUCCGACAGGACAUCACUUAAUGACUACAGCAACCAGGAUAUCAUCAAGCUGAAGGAGUGUGCCAACAUGUGGAUGGUCGAACCGCUAAAGCUGGCCUGCGUGGAUAUCCUCCAAAAAAGAUUUCCCAAAAUGAUAUACUCGGACUUGCUACUCUACUUUGAGCAUGCGCAUCAUGUGAACGACAUGCAACACGUCAGUAAGAUUUCCGAUGCUCUAAAAAAGGGAAUUUCAGGGAUUAAAACCACAGAAGAGAUCUAUGAACUGGGUUCGGAUGUGUUCAGAGAGUAUUUGAAUGUUAUAAAAGACUCCGUGCAAGAAAAAUAUCGUUUUGAAAUGGUAGAGAAGUAUAUGACCAUUCACGGAUUUGAACUCAACCAAAGCAAUCUCAAUAAGUGCGAAUGCCGUGGAAUCGAAAAUCAAAGGGAGAAAAUCCCGGAAGCUUCAAUAGAUCUGUCAGUUGAGAGCAUAAAUAACUUUUCUGAUGCAAGCUUUGUAUCCUUGGAGUCGAGUUCUCAAAAGGUCCAUAUCGAGUAUAUCAAGACCGUGUUAAGUCUUAUCGACUAUACUAAAAUGACAGUUAAUGAGUUCUUCGAAGGGCCUGGAAAAUCCAAAAUAAUGUCCGUUGAGGACAAGUUCCAUUUUCUGUAUAAAAUAGCUGCAAAGACGGCGGCUGAAAAUGAUGGUCUCCAGAAAUAUGUCAACCAACUCCAACAAGAACGACAACAACUCCAACAAGAACGACAACAACUCCAAGUAAAACUCCAACAAGAACGACAACAACUCCAACAAGAACGACAACAACUCCAACAAAAACUCCAACAACUCCAACAAGAACGACAACAAAAACACCAUAGCGUACACCAUUGCCGACACCACAACUACAAUGGAGGAUUGAAUGACGACCCCUGGUGA